UUUGUCGGGCCACAGGGAAGGGAAAGUGGCCAGUCUGAUCGGCCUGGAGGGCGGACACGGCAUCCAGUCCACGUUGGCCUCGCUGAGAGCCAUGUAUGCGCUGGGCGUGCGCUACAUGACGCUCACUCACACCUGUGACACACCCUGGGCGGAGUGCGCUCCUAUACCAGGGUUUCGCAAACCAGCCGGCCCUGAGGGCCUCACUCGGUUCGGCCUGACCGUGAUCCGAGAGAUGAAUCGACUCGGCAUGCUGGUCGACCUGUCGCACGUCUCCGAGCUGGCCAUGCGGCGUGCACUCGAACAGAGCGAGGCACCGGUUAUCUUCUCCCACUCGUCGGCGCAGGCGCUCUGCAACUCCAGCCGCAAUGUCCCUGACCAUCUCCUGAAAAAACUGGCUGCCAACGGAGGAGUGGUGAUGGUCAGCUUUUACAACUACUUCCUGACCUGCAACGGUACUGCUCACAUGACGGACGUGGUCGCGCAUAUAAACCACAUACGGAGAGUUGCUGGCGUGGACCACGUGGGCAUCGGUGCCGGCUACGACGGCAUUAACUCCACCCCGCUCGGUCUGGAGGACGUCUCGCGGUACCCGUUUCUGUUUGCCGAACUGCUCCGCGACAGCUCCUGGUCUGUGCUCGACCUGCAGAAACUAGCCGGCCUCAACCUGAUCAGAGCAUUCAGACAGGUGGAACAGGUGAGGGACGGCUAAAAUACAACAUUGGGU